AUGGAAACGGAUGGUAUUGCCGGUGUCACCGUCACCGGCGGUGAGAGUAAAGACGGAAAAAGAUUCUUCGUUGCCGUCCACGUAGGCGCCGGUUACCACUCUCCUUCCAAUCAUAAACCCCUCAGAUCAGCCAUGAACCGCGCUUGCCUCGCCGCCGCUUCCGUCCUUCAACAGGAGGGCUCAGUUCUCUGCUUGGACGCCGUUGUCGCCGCAAUUCAACUCUUGGAGGAUGAUCCGAGCACAAAUGCAGGCAGAGGUUCCAACUUGACAGAAAAUGGCAGUGUAGAGUGUGAUGCCAGUAUAAUGGAUGGAAAAUCCGGAGCUUUUGGGGCUGUUGGAGCUGUGCCAGGUGUGCGAAAUGCUAUACAAAUCGCCGCUUUAUUGGCCAAAGAGCAAAUGAUGGGACCUUCAUUGCUGGGUCGAAUUCCUCCAAUCUUCUUGGUGGGGGAAGGGGCUCGUGAAUGGGCGAAGUCCAAGGAUGUUGUUUUACCAUCUAGUAAAACAGAGGCCAACGAGUGGCUGGUCACAGAAAAGGCAAAAACACAAUGGAUAAAAUACAAAUCUAUGUUUGAAGCUGCUAGGUUGAAGACGGGGAAUUCUUUUCCAGACGGAAAUUCUUCUCCAAUUCAGAGUACUGAAAUGCCAGAUUAUGCUUUGGAAGAUCAAGUAAUGGAUACCGUUGGGGUUAUUUGUGUAGACAAUGAGGGGAAUGUAGCAUCUGGAGCCUCUAGUGGUGGUAUUGCUCUAAAGAUUAGUGGACGAGUGGGGCUAGCGGCAAUGUAUGGUUCAGGUUGUUGGGCGUCAUCAAAAGGUCCGUUUGGAGCUCCGUUCAUGGCUGGCUGUUGUGUGUCUGGUGCAGGAGAGCACCUAAUGAAAGGAUUUGCAGCUAGGGAAUGCACUGUUUCACUGUCAAUCUCACAGUCCGGUGCUGCCUCUGCUUGCACAAAGAUUUUACGCUCUGUUGCCGAAGAAAGUGGUCGAUGCGGUACUGAUAGCAGUGCAGGGAUAUUGGUUGUGCAGUCAGAUACAUCUAUUGUAGAUCAAGGAAAAUCAAGGUUAAGGGCUGUAGAAAUUGCAGCUGCAUACACUUCUUUGUCUUUUGGAGUAGGAUAUUUUGGAAGCUCUAUGGAACGGCCCAAGGUUUCGAUUCUUAGGAGUACAAAACAAAGCAAGUCUGCAAUAGAUCAAUUUGGAGCACGAAUAGAUCUUUCAAAUGGAUAA